AUGUCCACCGCUGCCCGCAAAGCCAUUUUCGUCGUCGCAGGAGUAGGCAAUGGAGCCGGCACAGGAGCAGCUUCUGCUCGCGCAUUCGCAAAGGCCGGAUAUAGGGUUGCCCUCAUCGCCCGGAACCCAGAGAGUUUGACCAACGCAGCCAGGGAUAUCCAGGCUCAAGGCGGAGAGGCUGCGGCGUUCCCGAUCAAAGCGUACACCCACGCGCAGGUCAAGUCUGGGUUCGAUGAGAUCAAAAAAUAUUGGCCCGAUGGCGAGAUUCGGGUUGCACUUUGGAAUGCUGCCCUUUUUGUCCGCAAGCCGUUUUUGGAAUUGACGGACGAAGAGGUCGAGGAGAGCACACAGACGAAUAUUAUUGGCGCGUUUGCGUUUGCUCGCCAGGCGUUAUUGGCGUUCCAGGACCUUGAGUUGGACGGCAAAGGCAAACGUGGCUCGCUCAUUUUCACGUCUGCGACGGCUGCUUGGCGAGGAAACAAGUUGACCUCGGCAUUUGCUUCUGGAAAGACUGGGCAACGUGCGUUGGCACAAUCACUCAAUAAAGAGUUUGGUCCUAAGAACAUCCACGUAUCCAACGUCAUAGUCGAUGGCGUGAUACUUACCGAUCGUACUGCCAAAUUUGAUGCUUACAAGCAUCUUCUAGAAGACGAAGAUAAGAGACUAUCGCCUGAGAGUAUCGCAGAUAGCUAUCUGUACCUCGUGAACCAAGACCGCACUGCUUGGACAUUUGAAUUAGACUUGCGCCCUGCUCACGAGACUUGGUAA